ACCCACAUCAGCACCAAGGCACCCCGGCGCACUUUAGCACAGAAGGCUCCAGAAUCUUCCCCGUCCUCUUCUCCGUCUGUCUCUUCAGCUGCGUAACCCCACUCCCCUUCCACGCAGAGAAGACAAAGAAACACACCUUCACACGCGUCUCAAUUAUAUAUAUCUACAAAUCCACAAAUUUCCUCUGAAUUUCUUCGCCAGAGAUUAUGGGCAGUACCUUCCUUUAUCCUCCGGCGAAACGACCUAUACAGUACACUACUACUAUGCCCGACCCUACCUGUGUCAAUGGACCCUCCAGUAAGAGGUCUAAACCCCCUCCUCCUCCCCUUCCAGUCCCUCCAGGUCACGCCUCCUUUCGCCUCCUCUGCCACGCCUCCCGCAUCGGCGGUGUUAUUGGGAAGUCUGGCAAUGUAAUCAAGCAGCUUCAGCAGCUCACGGGCGCUAAGAUACGUGUUGAGGAUGCUCCUGCUGAAUCGCCUGAUCGGGUUAUUACGAUUAUUGCCCAGAAUGCGAUUGUUUCUAAAGUGUCAGUUUUUAAUGAUAACAGUGGGAUUGUUAAGGGUGAUGUUGGUGGGCAGGAGGAGCUUGAUGUGUCCAAGGCGCAGGAGGCUUUGGUUAGGGUUUUUGAGAGGAUUUUGGAGGUGGCGGCGGAGAGUGAUGGGAUGAGUGUGGCGGGUGGGGUGGUUUCGUGUAGAUUGUUGGCGGAGGCUAAACAGGUGGGGUCAGUUAUUGGGAAAGGAGGGAAGGUUGUUGAGAAGAUAAGGAAAGAUUGUGGGGUUAAAAUUAGGGUUUUGAUCGAUAAGUUGCCUGUGUGUGCUGGGUCAACGGAGGAGAUGGUCGAGAUUGAGGGAGAUGUUUUGGCUGUAAAGAAAGCACUUGUAGCAGUUUCUCGCUGUCUUCAAGAUUGUCAACCAGUUGAUAAAACAAGGAUGACCGGCAGCAAACCUGCUGAGGCAAUUCCUGAAGAACCUGUGCCUGAAGUACAUGUAGAUUUUCUUUCACAGCGUAAAUUGGUUCUACCUAACAUGCCGAGUAGCACCACAAUUUACGCUUCAAGGAUUCCUUCUUUGUCAUUGGAAUCUGACCGAGUGCCCACACUGAAUGCAAAACCAUUGCAACAGGAAGUGGUUUUUAGAAUUCUUUGUUCCAAUGAUAGGGUUGGGGGUGUUAUUGGAAAGGGAGGCACCAUUAUCAAGGCUAUCCAGAAUGAAACAGGUGCCUCUAUUACUAUUGGAUCAACUGUAGCUGAGUGUGAUGAACGGCUGAUCACUGUUACUGCACCAGAGAAUCCAGAGUCUCAUCACUCAGCAGCACAAAAGACUGUUGUUCUUGUUUUCUCAAGGUAUGUGGAGGCUGGUAUUGAGAAGGGCCUAGAUUUAAGCUAUAGUAAGGGGUGUCCUGUUACUGCAAGGCUUGUAGUGCCAUCAAACCAUGUUGGCUGUUUGUUGGGAAAAGGAGGCAUUAUAAUAUCUGAAAUGCGUAAGACAACUGGUACUGGCAUAAGAGUUUUAGGAGGAGAUCAGGUCCCUAAGUGUGUGUCAGAGAAUGAUCAAGUGGUGCAGAUUUCAGGAGAGUUUAAGAAUGUGAAGGAUGCAAUAUACCAUGUAACUGGCAGACUUCGAGAUAACCUUUUCUCCAGUUCAUUGACUAUUCCUGGAACGAGGAGCACUUCUGUAAUAACUGAGACAAGUCCCUAUGGAAGGCUGAGGGAGCCAUUGAGAGAUACAAUGAGGGAUGUAUUGAGGGAUCCAUUGCCAGAUGUAUUGAGGGAUCCAUUGAGGGAUGUGUUGAGGGAGCCGUUAAAGGAUCCAUUGAGAGAUCUGUUGAGGAAUCCAUUAAGAGAUACAUUGAGGGAUCCAUUAAGGGAUACAUUGAGGGAUCCAUUAAGGGAUGUGUUGAAGGAGCCACCGAGGGGUCCCGCCCCUGUUAAUUUGCAUUCAUCCGCUGGUGUGACUCAUACUCUAAAUCGACACGCUACCCUUUCAAGUAUGGAUCAUCAUGGACUUUCCCACGGUUUAGAUCGCCCUCCUUCACCAAGGCUAUGGGCAUCACAGACAAUAGCUGGAGUAAAUCCAAGGGCCAUAACAGAUGCUAGUAGAGGAUUGGCUUCUUUUAAAGGUGGCUUAGAACUUGGCAGUGGAAGCAAGUCUGCUUUUGUGACAAAUACAACUGUAGAGAUUGUAGUUCCUGAAAAUGUUAUUGGCUCUGUAUAUGGGGAGAAUGGUAGCAAUCUGGCUCGUUUAAGACAGGAUUUGUUCAAAGUGAACUGUGCUCAUGCAGAUUUUCAGACUCUUUCACUUCCUAGUACCAGAUUCCAGUUACCAUGUAUUGGUUAGAACUUGAAUGUAUAAACUUAAAAGUUCUCCAAGUUUUCAAUUCAACACCCAUUAAAAUUAUGGUACAAGGGAGGGAUAUCCAAAAGUAGGUGCUGAUUGAGGAAGCAUUCAUGAAUCCAAAUGAAGGUGCAAAAUCACAAAAUACAAAUUGUUUUUCUGGUUUUGCACCAUUUUUUUAGAUUCUUGAAAGAUUAUGGUAGUGAGCAAUUAUAUGGAAGAUGGAUACUGGCUUAUUGGGAUAAAUAUGGCUUGGAUGACUUUGGCAGAGAUGAGUGGAACAAAUGUGUUUUCAUGUGUUGGUAGUGGUGAUUCUCUUCAUCUUUUGUCAUGAUGACUAGAGUGGUUUCUCUACCAUAAAAGACUGCUUUCCUGACUCGCUUGUAUCAGCAAAAGAGGGAUGCUUUGAGAUUGAUGUCCUUGUUUGCAAUUACCUUUAAGAAGGUUGAUUUGUGAUUGCACCAAUUGUGAAGAAAACCUAAGAUGGGUAGGUUGUCAUCUUUUCUACUUGAUCUUUCGUAGGAGAUAAUGAUGGUCAGGUAAAGCAGAGAGAAUUUAGAUUGCUUCAACUUGAAAUUCUAAUAUAGGAUCAUUGUUGGAGAGACUGUGCAAGGGAACUAGAGAGAAUCAUAGGAUGAUGCUUGCACCAUCCAAAGAUACUGUUUUGCCAAUGACCUACAGGGAAAGGAUUUUGACAAUCUACAAUUUUGAAAUGGGGGAGAAAAACCUUGGAAAAGCAAAUUCUGAAACAGAUAUCAAUCUACUAGAAUGUGGGUGGAGUAAAAGCAAUAGAAACUGGCUUUUUUUUUUUUUCAGUUGAAGAAGCUGUCAAGCAGUUGCAGGCUAAAUACUGAGGAAGAGAUGUGUGUCUGGAAUUUAACCAAAGUAAUUGUUACAAUGGACAGUUUUCCAUUGAUACUAAUAAUGAUGUAAAUUUGGUUGAUUCUAUCUUGUAAAUAAUUUACUUUUGUAUUCAACCCUUGGUCCCUUAUACAGUUAUUUUUAUUCAAAUAGAGGACUGUAACUCCUAUCAAAAUUUCUUAAAUUAGGGGUUUAAACCCCAAACUCUUACAUAAUACGAAUUACGACCUAAUUUCUACUUGGGAUUCCA